AUGGAAUGGAGAGAGGCCUUACUUUCGAAGAAGCACAAUAAUAGAAAAUUGCUUACCGGCGAAGGGGUAGUCUCUGGCGCCACCCCUUCUUCUCCUUCUUCCUCGUCGACUCGUCGCCACACGCGUCUGCAUAUCGCCCCUCUGUCUCUGUGGGGCUCCUUCGCGUCCUCUAAAUUUUGGGGGGGUGGGGGCUCUUUGACAUCUUCUUCUACUGCUUCUUCGUCUUCCUCUACAUUCACACGAAUACAAGACAAUACUCUUGUAUUUCUAUUCUAUCAAUCCGUCCUUCCCUGCCUACACAAUCUCUAUCUCUAUCUCUGUGUAUGUGCAAAUUAGUCAAUCCUUUCCCUUGCUUCUCCUUUUCGUUCUCUUCUUGGGAUUAGGUUCUUUAUCUCCAUUAUCCUUUUCCCACUCCAAAUCGGAUUUUGGAUCCUGUUUUACUUAUAACUCUGCCCCCCGAUUACCACUGUCUCUCUGCGCGUGCGGCUGCGUCUAUUGCGGUGUUUGAAUCGAUUGAUUCUCUCUUCAGGUGGGUGGACGAAGAAUGCCGUCGAAUCUUUCGCAUAACUCUGUCUUUUCGACUCUUCCGUUGGAGGAGGGUUUGUUUUCGGCGAUCAAGCUUGGUAAUGGGUACCUGGUAGAGGAAUACCCAGACAAGAAUUCCAAUAGUUCUGGAAAUUACAUGAAUUUGAAUUGGCAAUUUGACAAUUCCAAGGAUGGCUUGAGUGAUGAAACUGAAAAGGCGCCGGAUGAUAUUAUUGCUUUAUUGCCUUCUGAUCCCUUCGGUAUGGAUCUCAGCGCUACUUUUACUGCAAUUAAGGGUUGGUUUGAGGAUUUUGAGAGCGAUUUUGGGUUCAAUUCGCUUGGAUUUGGUGCUGAUCGAGUUGAGGUGGAGACAGGGGAGGAUGGAUUGUUUACUGGAAUAAAUUUGCUCUGGAAUGGCGAUUUCAAUUUCCACGAGGAGGUCGAUUAUUCGGAAAAUCAAGAAGAAUCAUUUGGGUUGGAUGAAGAAAUGUGGGCUGGAUUCUAUGAUGAUGGCCUUCUAUUGGAUGGUAAGGUUGAGGUUGAGAUUGAGGAGUUAUUGGGUAAUACCUAUGAGAAAUAUUCUCUCUCUAGUAAUUCUGCUAAUGAACUUCAAGGUUCUAGUGAGAACCAUUUGAGUAGUAGUGAUGGGGGUGCUCCCAAUGAUGCUUUAUUCUUUGCUCUUGGUUAUCUAGGCAUGAGGGACCUUCUUUCUGUUGAAAUGGUUUGCAAAUCUCUGCGCGAUGCAGUUCAAAAUGAUCCUCUUUUGUGGAGGAGUAUUCACAUAAGCCAGCCGUUAAGUGACAAGAUCACUGAUGAUUCUCUAUUCCAAUUAGCUAGUAGGGCUCAGGGCACGCUUCAAUGCUUGAGCCUAGUGAAGUGCCCCCAGAUCACUGAUGCUGGAUUGACGCGUGUACUUGACAGCAAUCCCGGUCUGAGAAAGCUAAGUGUUCCAGGAUGUCUGAGGCUCAGUGUUGGAGGUAUUUUGGGUAAUCUAAAGUCCUUGAAGUUAUCAGGCAAGUUUGGAGUAAAGCAACUUAGGAUCAGUGGGCUCUAUGGUAUAACGGACAAGCAGUUUGAAGAAUUAAAGCUUUUGCUAGGCGCAGAUAAUCAUAGGCAGCUCAGUGGCCACAAACCACGGUUCUAUCAUGGAGGGCAGGCGUAUCUCACUUGUGAUGAUGAUCGUGCCAUUGAUGUUGAGGCAUGCCCAAGAUGCCAAAAGCUCAGACAAGUCUAUGAUUGCCCAGCAGAGAGUUGCCAAGGAAAGCGUCAAUCCCCUCAGUUGUGCAGGGCUUGCAUAUUCUGCAUUGCUCGGUGUGUCCACUGUGGGCGCUGCAUUGAUGGCUGUGAUUAUGAAGAGACGUUCUGCCUUGAUUUGCUUUGUUUGGAUUGUGUGAAGCAACUUCUGAACAGUCAAAAAAGGGAGGAAGAGGUGGGUAUUCGCUCUUCUAAAUGCACUAUCUGCCAGCAGCAAGCAAGGUGCCACUUUUGCCUUAAUGGCUAGAAGAAAUUGGUGUUGUUUACAUGCUUUGACAGGAGGUUUUGGAGACGAACUGCGUGACUGGCUGCCCGGGUUUUUAAUACUGAGAAUGGAAGCCAGAUAGAUGCUUUGUUGAAGCUGUGGCUUCCUGCAAUAUCUAGACUGCCUUGUGGAGAUAGAUAAAACAUUAUCAACAAAAUAAUUGAGCUGCCACUUGAGCAAGUGAAUGCUGCUUCGUCAAUAUAGUUUGUGGAAUUCUGCUUUGAUUUGUACUAUUUUACUGCUCUGGGGUUUCAGGAAAGAAAAGCAAAAAAGAGUUCCAGAAUUUAAAGUUGAAUUACACCUGGUCUCUCGGAAUUGGGGAAGAUGGAAAUAUAAUUUUUGGGGUAUAUAUCAAUUAUACCUGUCUUCUAGUGGAAUGGCUGUUUGACUCUAGCGGCAGGGGUUAUCUUCUGGUACAUCGACAGAAGUUCGUGGAUUUUGCAUCGUAAGAGAGAAGCAAAGGGUUGUGAAAGUUGGACUGAUUCCUGGUGGAAGUGAUGUACCUUUGAUGUCGUGGAUGGUCCUAACAAAAUCUGCGCUGCUGGUGAAAUGGGGUGUCUGUUCUGCCUCAGAUAAAAUGGACGACAUCAUGAAGCAGGAACUGCUUGGCGAGGAUGAAAAUGGUACUCAAAGGGUCUCAUCAACAUACCAAAGAUGGUGGGCGGAGACUGCUGCUUGUGCUGCAAAGUCCAUAUAUUUCAUCAGGUUCUGUAGCCUCUUUCUUUACUUGUCCCACGCCACAAGAAGUCUAUGUAUUUUGUUAGUUCAAGCUAAAGUCAGUAGAACUAGACAGUAGAAAGUUCACGGGCAUUGGUGGUUGUAUUCUUGCCCAAGUUACACUUGGGAUGCAGGCACUGCAGACUGCUUUCUGUGAAUGAUGAUAUUGGCCAUUGUUAUGUUCAUUCUUUCGAAAUGUUAACCAUUAGCAGUCUUGCUCGAGCACUCGAUGCCAUUCUUCUCCUUAGGCAUGCAGCUCUUUGAAUGCAUUGUUUCUUUCCUAA